GCGGCGGCGGUGGCGGGAGCUGGAGCGCAGCGCGCGGAGGAGACGAAGCGGCGGCACAGCCGGAACCAGAUGUAAACCUGGGGGCCAAGUGUGGUCAUGAUGGCAAUUGGGCAGUGCUGAAGACCCAGGCUGGCUCCAGCUGCUUCCAAAGGACUCCAUCCGCCCAGGACCCCAGUACAUAGCCCUCUGCCACCCACAGGAUGGGAGCCCGGGGUCUGGCAGCCUGGCCAUGAAGGAGCGCUGCCCUUCCCAGCAAAGGGCCAGCCCUGCACCCUCCAGACAAACCACCACCCAAAGCCCAGGCAUGGACUCUAGACACAGCAGCCCCAUUGGGGCUGGGGAAGGGGCCUCCUGCUCUGAGGGCCCUGACGGGAGCCUGGCUUACCCUUCCCUGACCUGCAUACUUCCCCAAGAGGCAGCCGCCAAGGAAACAUUAGGAACAGAUGGAGCCUUGAUCUCAGGGACACCAGAAACCACCCUCUCUGGGAAGCCAGCGCCUGUGUCCUCAGUGAAAACUGGUACUUCAUCCUCAGAGAACAGAAAUUCUCUGUUCUUAGAGAAGAUGGAUUCCAAGUCUUCAAAGCAGGCUGAUGCCAUUUCCAUAGGAAAGGAAGAUGCUGGGUCCUUGAGGAAGGCAGAUCCCAUGUUUACAGGAAAGACAGAGCCUGCAAUCUUAGGGAAGGGGGCUCCUGUGGCUUCUGAAAGGAUGGAUCCUAUGACCCCAAGAAAGGAGGAUCCUGGAUCCUUGGGGAAGGUAGAUCCUGAGUGCUCCGACAAGAUAGAUACAAUGGCCCCAAGGAGGGAGGAUCCUGGAUCCUUGGGCAAGGUGGAGCUUGCAUUCCCAAGAGAGGAGGAGCCCAGGAAUUCAGGAGAAGAGCUUCCAGUGUCUUCAGAAGAGGCGAGUCCCACAUCUGUGAGCAAGACAGCUCUUAUAUCCUUUGGGAAGAGAGAUCCUGAGCCCUCAGGAAAGGUGGGUCCCAUGACCUUGGAAAACAUGGAUUCUGCCUCUGCAGGAAAGACAGAUCCUGGGUCCUUGGGAUCAACUCCAGGGUCAUCAGGAAAAAUCAAGCCUGUAUCCCCUGGAACAAAAGCUCUAGGGUCAUCAGAAAGGUUGGAUACUACUUCCCUGGGAAUGACAGAUCCUGCCUCUGUGUUAAAUGCAGAAACUGUGUCCUCCACAAAAGAGGACCCUCAGGUCUUGGGAAAGAUGGAUCCUGCCUCCUCAGGAAAGCAAGAUCCCAUGUCCAUGAGAAUGACAAAAACUGUGUCUGUUGGACAGGUGGAUCCCAUGUUUUCAGGAAAGAUGGAUACCACCUCUUUGAAAAAUAAGGAACCUGUGUCUUCAGGCAAGGUGAGUCCAGUGUCUUUGGGAAAAGUGGAUCCUGUGCCCUCAGGAAAGCCAGAGCCCCUGUCUCCUGGGAAGGCAGAACCGACGUCUGGGGGAAAGACAGAAACUGCAUCCUCAGGAAAGGAGGACCCAGUGUCCUCCAGAAAGGUGGAUCCCAGUUCUGUGGAAAACAUAAAAACAUCAUCUUCCGGAAAAGUGAAUCCUGAAUCAUCAGGAAAGAUGGACCCUGUGUCCUCAGGUCCAGGGGGUCCCCCAUCCUCAGUAAAAGCUGAGGCAGUGACUGGGGGGAAAGCAGAUCUACUACCUUUGGAAAAGUCAGGUCCUGUGGCCCCUGGAAAGGUGGGUCCUGUGACCUCGGGAAAGGCUGAUUCCCCCACCUUGGGCAAAGUGGACCCUGUGAGCAAAGGAAAGACAGAAACUGUUGCCCCUGGAGACAAGGACCCCAUGUCGGCAGGAAAGGUGGCCCCCACUACCCUAGGGGGAACAGUCCCAGCAUCCUUUGGAAAAGCAGAAGCUGUCCCAGAGGGAAAGGUGAAUCCCCUGCCUCUAGAGAAGGACAAUCCUAUGAACUCCACGAAGCUGGAUCCCGGGGCCUCAGAGAAAGCAGAACCCAAGUCUGAGGGCAAAGCAGAAACAAAGCCCGCUGGGCAGGAGGGCACUGCAUCAUCAGGAAAAGAGGCUAAAUCUUUGCAGAAGGAGAAACCGCUGACCUUGGAGAAGGGGGAUCCGGGAUCCUCAGGAAAAGCAGACCCUCCCGCCUCUGGGGAGCCUGCAGCCCUGGGGAAGACUGACUCUGUGCCGCCAAGGAAAGCAGAGCCUGCAUCCUCGGAGAAGGAGGCCCACCUGACUCUGCAGAAGGAGGAGGUCUCCUCUUCCAGGCAGGCAGAUGACAAACCCUGCGGCUCAGCUCCUUCUGCCGCAGGUCUUGGAGGCCGUAGGGAUCCAGCUCCACCUCCCAGUUCCCAGACCUCCAGCCUCAGCCAGAAGGACCCGGCGGCCGCUAGGGCGGAGAGCAGCCCAGGCCUGGAGGCUGUAGGGCAGCCGCCAGGGCCGCGGACUCGCGACAACUUCACCAAAGCGCCGUCGUGGGAGGCGAGCGCCCCGCCGCCGCGCGAGGACGCGGGCACGCAGGCGGGCGCGCAGGCCUGCGUGUCGGUGGCCGUGAGCCCCAUGUCUCCGCAGGACGGCGCGGGCGGCCCGGCCUUCAGCUUCCAGGCGGCGCAGCGCGCACCCAGCCCCGCGCCCGGGCCGCCCUCGCGCCGGGACGCGGGCCUGCAGGUGUCGCUGGGCGCAGCCGAGACGCGCUCCGUGGCCACCGGGCCCAUGACGCCCCAGGCCGCCGCUCCGCCCGCUUUCCCCGAAGUGCGGGUGCGGCCAGGCUCCGCGCUGGCGGCCGCCGUGGCGCCCCCGGAGGCGGCCGAGCCGGUGCGCGACGUGAGCUGGGAUGAAAAAGGCAUGACGUGGGAAGUGUACGGCGCCGCCAUGGAGGUGGAGGUGCUGGGCAUGGCCAUCCAGAAGCAUCUGGAGCGACAGAUCGAGGAGCACGGCCGCCAGGGGGCGCCCGCUCCGCCGCCCGCCGCCCGCCAGGGCUUGGGCACCGGCCGUGCGGGCUCCGUGCGCGCCGCGCCCCCCGAGGGCGCCGCCAAACGCCCGCCGGGCCUUUUCCGCGCACUGCUGCAGAGUGUGCGCCGGCCGCGGUGCUGCUCGCGGGCCGGACCCACGGCCGAGUGAUCAGCUCCGUUUUUGUAUGCCCGGGUUUCCAACCUUCUCAGGCUCCCUUCUUGACCGCAGGCCCCUAGAAGGGAUC